AUGACCACAACCACCACAACCACCGCACUCACCUUCACCCUACCAGACGGCACCUCCACCGUCACCAUCCGCCCAACCCAAAAAGCAGCUCCGAGCGAAGAACCAUCGCAAGACACAGCUCCGAGCAAGAAAGAUUCGAAUCACGAAGUAUACCUCAACGACCACCUUAUCGCAACUUGGGUCAUCGAUCCAAGCGUCAAGACAAGAGUCAGCCCAGCGCAAGUCCUCGAUGAGCGAGCCGAGUUCGACAGCGUCCGACAUCUUGUCCUUUCAUCUCGCCGAUCCAACGAUAAUGGGCACACCUGGAUCAGCAUCUACGCCCUCUGGCUCCUGCACCACGAUUUGGACGUGAUUCCCAUCAGUUCACCUUCCAACUCCGCCGUGACGACAUACCUGAUCAAUACUGGUCUUGCCGCGCCAUCGCCCUUCGAGCCGGCAGACACAGAUGCUGGACGGACGCUGUUAUUAGCGCGAGAAGCAUUCUGGCAAGGAGCCGGAACCCCCGACAACCUCUCCUGGCUCCGGUCCCGUCCCGAAGCCAGCAUCCCAGGUUUCAACUCCCAUCUCGGAGCAUUCGCCAGUCAAAUGUCCUUCACACGCCGGGGGAACGUGUGCACCACCCAUCCUCUGCGACCUCAAAAACCGGCUCCAGGAACGGUGGUGUAUAGUCGAUACAUCGUCGAAGUGGGGCAGCAUCUUCAGCUCGUACACAUCGAUGCCAGCAAUCCGGUGCAUUUCUCAGCGUACGCGCGGUGGCAGAAUAGUGACAGGGUGAAUCAUGGGUGGAGAGAACGUGGGCCCGACGAGAAACACGCAGCGUAUCUCGAGUCUCAACGGAUAGAUCCUCAUACAAUGUCCCUCAUCUUCCUCUGGGACGGCGAACCCGCCGGCUACAGCGAAGUAGGCUGGGCGAAAGAAGACAACACAGCCUGCUUCGUGUCCUCCAACUGCGGCAUCCACAUCGGCGAGUUCGACCAGCUGAGCCACAUCCUCGUCGGGGAAGAGAAGUUCCGCGGCGGCAAGCGAUAUCAAGCGGUGGCGACCUCAAUCAAACAUCUCUGCUUUCUGAGGGAUCCUCGAACGACACAGGUGAUCGCGGAGCCGAGAUUUGAUUUACCGAGUGUGCCGAUUCAAGCGAGGUUCUUGCCGCAGGAGAGGAAGAAGAGGGUGCAGUUGCCGCAUAAGCAGGCGGUUUUGUUUGCGUUGCAGAGGGAGAGGUUUUUUCAGGAAGGGCAUUUCUACUGA